AAUAUUGUAGCGAAAAAGAUAGGCAAAGGUUUAAGAUAAAGGAAGUUGAGGGAGGAAGACAGGCAGGCUUCAUGGCUUCCGCAGUAUUGAGCUUAAGCAGCACGAGCUCGUGCCUGAGAUUCCACAGUAAAAAUGGAGUCUUUUUGUCAAACCCGUCAAGUAAUCCCCAUUUCUCCAGAAUUUUGUCAGCCAAAAAUACCCAAUUCCAAAAUCUCAAGAAAAACAACUCUAUACGAGCAACCAGCUCUGAGGAAGGCAUUCCCACUGAGUUGAUUGAAGAUUCCAAGUUUGUUCCUUUAAAUGCUGAAGAUCCAAGAUAUGGCCCACCAGCUUUGUUGCUGCUGGGCUUUGAAUUGGAGGAUGCUGUAAAGAUAAAACAACUUCUGAAGGAAAUGGAUGGUGAAUUCCUAGAGAUCAUAUUCUGCACUGAAGACAUGAUAUCUCGCUCGCUUUGGGAAGCAGUGAAUACAAAACAACGAGAUUUGAAAGCUCUGAAGAUUGCGAAACCACUUCCAAGGAUUUGCUUCCUGUCUGGUCUAACUGGAGAGGAGAUGAUGAUGUUCAUAGAUGCCUUUCCAGAAAGCGGACUAGAACAACCCGUCUUUGCAGCUCUCGUUCCUAAUGCAGCCGAUAAGCCACUCGAAGAGCUAAUCGAUGAGAUCAUGGGGGACCAUGAAACGCUGUCUGGAAAACGACAAAGCUAGGCCAGUAGUCGUCGCAUAUCGCGUUAUGUUAAACCGCUACACAGCCUUUAUAAUCCUGCCCAGCUGUUGCAAUAAACUGCAUUCUGGACUACUGGGAGGUUCAAAAGUUGAAACAUGGUUGAAGUUGUCUCUAAUGUAUAGGUCCAUGUUACCUAGUAUAUGUAUUAUAUAUUGGAUUUUCUAUAGUAUCGAUUAGCACCAGUGUUGAUAGCCAAAACUAGAAAAUGUUGUAUUAUUUUUGCAGUGUGCAUUACGUAAAUAUUGCUAGACUCGACGUGUUGAUAAGAAUUGAACUUGUGAUCUUCAGGUACGACAAUCAUGUUCUAUCCACUCAGUUGCCCUUUUUGAGGCA